UCUUCUUCUUCCGCUUCUCACUUCUCCUCAUUACUUCCUCUUUGGUUGUCAGUGAGAGCAGCAAGAAUAUGAGGUCUCUCUGCGUCCUGUGUGUCUUCCUGUCCAUGGUGCAAGGAGAGGACAUAUUCACCCGUUCAGGCUCCGAUGUUCUCCUCCCCCUGAGAUAUAACGUGAGCACGGAAAAAGACAAGUGUGAUGUGUUUAUCUGGGAAUGGAGCUACAAUGGAUCCUCAUCAUCACCGAUCUCAAGAAGUCUACGCUGCGAGAUGAGAAGAUACAACAUGACCAAAUUCACUAACGAUAAUACAUCAAGGGACGGACACCUGACCCUAACAGCCGUCACCAAAAACAACAGCGGCAUCUAUACCGUCACCGUACGCAAUGUAGGAGGAAACCUGAUCUUACAAGAAAAUUAUAAUCUCCAAGUACAAGAACCGGUAUCAGAGCUUCUCCUGAAUGUCUCCUGUCUUCCGGACGGUGGAGCUGACAUCGUGUGCAGGACUGAUGUUGGAGAUGAUCUCAGGUUUUCCAUUAUGGUAAAUGGUGGUUUCAGGCUGGAGAACUCUACAUCAUCCAGGACUGUGGGUGAUGCCAAUGAGGUCAAUGUCCCUGCGUUUUCACCUGGACCUUGGAAUAUUACAUGUUCUGUGAGAAACCGGGUCAGCGAAAGUGAGACCAAUAAAAAGGAAGUAAUAUGUCCAGUCCCACCAUCUGACCUGGUCCUGGAGGAUUUGUGUCUCCAAAAUGGCAGCCUCCAGGUCUCUUGCUCCGUGGAGAAUGGAACAGAUCUCCUCUUCUCUCUGUCUGUGAAUAACACAUUAUUGGAAGAAAGCACAAAGGAACAGAAAAGGGUUAUUGUCACAUUGUCAUCUUCCGGACCCUGGCAUGUUAACUGUUCAGCUAGAAACGAUCUCGGGGAGAAGAGUAAGACCAAGUCAUAUCCGGCUUGUCCAGCAGACGCUCACUCUUGGACUCUGUCGGUUUUCUGUAAGGUUCUGCUGUUUCUCCAGUACAACGUUCUGCUGAUAUCUCUGAUCGUCGACGCAAUCAGGAGCAACAGGAUCGGUGACCUGGAGAAGCCCUGAAGACGAGGACCCCUCUGCGGAGGAAGAAGAGGACAACUUGCACCCCGAUGGCCACUUCUUUACCUUGGACCUGAUGUCAUCUUCCCACCGUGUACAGAUAUGUUCAGGAAAUCAGAAGUCAAAGAGACGGUGAACGCUGGGGCGCGAUGCCAUAGUUAUACCAGGAAGGCGGCCAUAUUGGUUGUCACUUUACAAUCUGCUGAUGGUGAUAAUUUAAAGGGGACAAUCACUAUGGCCGCGCUUCCUGCAGUGACACAUGAUGACCGGGCUGCAGACUACAGUGCCUCCUCCAUGGAUGUUCUGUACGAGGACUUUAUUCUUAGAGCUACAGAUAGGGGGCAGUAUGGCCUCUCCACCUCUACAAAGUCUGGGGUCUAGGACCUGAUCCAUAAUGCAGCAGCCCCUAUAUUAGUCUAUGUGCCCCUCCAGGUGACUCCAAUUCAAUUCAGCAACUGCAGUGUCCUACUCUGUAUUUGUAGUGGGGCCUUGUAAGUUUAAGGGUAUUUGUCGCAUGUCAUUCUAUGCUGUCUAUGUAUAUUGCUGUAAUUCCAUAUAACAGGCUGGUAACCAUCACUUCAUAUCAGUCACCACUAGAUGGUGCUGGUACGUCCCCCUAUAAAAGGGACAGGCACAGGAAGGGAGGAAGUGUGCAGAGUUAGGAGAGUCAGAGGUAAGUCCACCAUGUAGCUACCUCUUUAGCCCCAUUGGCUGAGGAAGGCGGGAGGAGGAAUCAUCAGAAGCUACCCAGCACAGACCAGUGUAUAGAUGGGUACAGAGUGAGUCUAAUGGAGAUAGCAGCAUUUUCUAAGUCAUGGACCCCACAGCACCUAGUGACCAGGAGAAGCCUCAAAUACCUGGACACACCAUUACAACUAAGCUCAAAGUUGUGUUUUACCACAUUCCUCUAUGGACCGUGUGAAAAGAUUUCUAUUAGCAAGCAGUACAAAGAAUGGAGCAGAAGUCGCAUGCCUGCUGCUAGGGAGAACCGACCUGUAGGGUGCAAAAAGAAGAAAGAGAGAGAAAGACAUAGAGAAGAAGAUGAUAUUAUAUCCAGUACCUGGCUGUUAGCAAGUGGACCAGUUAGGCCUUGUUCACACUUCAGUUAUUUCAUCAGUUAUUUCCAUCAGUUAUUGUGAGCCAAAACCAGGUGUGGGUCAAGAACACAGAACAGGUGAAGAUCUUUUCAUUACACCUGAUCUCUGUGUAGCCUCAACUCAUGGUUUUGGCUCACAAAAACUGAUGGAAAUAACUGAUCAAAUAACUGAAGUGUGAACAAGGCCUUACCUAAUAAGCACAGAUAAAGGACUCUGAAACCAGCAGAAGGAAGUAUAUGAGUAUAAUCAGCACAUUAAAGCCUGUUAGUACCACAUCUGAGCCUGUAGUGCCUCAUCUGAGCCUGUUAGUACCACAUCUGAGCCUGUAGUGCCUCACCUGAGCCUGUUAGUACCACAUCUGAGCCUGUAGUACCUCACCUGAGCCUGUUAGUACCACAUCUGAGCCUGUAGUGCCUCACCUGAGCCUGUUAGUACCACAUCUGAGCCUGUAGUGCCUCACCUGAGCCUGUUAGUAUCACAUCUGAGCUUGUAAUGCCUCACCUGAACCUGUUGGUACCACAUCUGAGCCUGUUAGUGCCUCACCUGAGCCUGUUGGUACCACAUCUGAGCCUGUAGUGCCUCACCUGAGCCUGUAGUACCACAUCUGAGCCUGUAGUGCCUCACCUGAACCUGUUGGUACCACAUCUGAGCCUGUUAGUACCUCACCUGAGCCUGUUGGUACCACAUGUGAGUGAUAGAGAUGUGGAUAUCAUUCAUGAUAUUAACGUGAAGCCAUUACAAUACGGCGAUGUCACCUAGAUGUUUACAUAGUUUACAUAGCAAAGUUUGUAAAAUAAUGCACAAUGUGCAGAUGCCAAGUGUUAUCUCUUUUCUUGUUUUUGCAUUUUAGCCAAUGAAACAUGAGCCUCAGUAGAGGAACGCCCUCUCUGAUGAUAUAAAAACUGCUUAACUGACUGUAAUAAAUGAGAACUGCUUUGACCCUU